AUGGCUUCUGAUAUCCCUAAGGUGGUUCCUCUGACCUGUCAUGGACAUUCUCGUCCUGUGACCCAUCUCAGUUUCUCGUCGAAUGUCGAGGACGAUCAGUACUAUAUUAUUUCUGCGUGCAAAGAGAUGGCAUCACAGGAUCGGUACAUUUCUCGGCCACAAAGGUGCUGUGUGGCAGUCCCGGCUUUCGCCGAUGCCACCAUUGCAGCCACAGCUGCUGCAGACUUCUCGGCAAAGGUCUGGGAUACCUACUCGGGCGAGUGUCUUCACACUCUGCAACACGCCCACAUCGUGCGAGCAAUCGCCUUCCCAAUGCAGGCCAACCCGCAGAUCCUAGCAACUGGGGGUGCAGAGAAGAAGCUCCGCAUCUUUGACCUUUCACGCGGUGGCGGGAGCAGCAAUGGCUCUUCGCCACCUCUCCCGCCUACUGGGGGAGAGCAGGGCCCCGAGCCCACCAGCUAUGAGAUUGGGCCUGGCGUCCAUGGUGGCACGAUCAAGUCUAUUGUCUGGAACCAGGACUACAACAUCGUGACGACUGCUGCAGAGGACCGCAAGAUUCGCUGGUGGGAUCUGCGUUCGCGGCAUCCUGUCUUCGAGUAUGGUGUUGACGGCACGAUAGGUUCGUGCGAGUUGAACAGUCUUGCUGUGCGAUCUAAUGAUCCCGGAAUCUUGACCGUUGCUGCUGGAAAAAGCGUUUAUCUCUUUGAUGGAACACAGCCAGGUCGUCUAUUGAAGAAGGCUGAUUUCGGCUAUGAGGUUGCUAGUGCUGCUGUGAACAGUGAGUCUGGGCGACUGGUUACUGGUAGUGCGAAUGAUACGUGGGCGAGGGUUUAUGACCUCCACACCAACGAAGAGCUGGAGGUGCAAAAGGGUCAUCAUGGCCCCAUCUGGUCUGUCAGCUUCUCUCCUGACGGCAAGCUAUAUGCUACUGGUAGCGAAGACGGCACCAUCAAGCUGUGGAAAGCAUGUCGGGAACCGUAUGGUCUUUGGCGGUAG